AUGCCGCAACGUCUCGUUGCCCCGAGGAACCGCUCGUUGUGGCCGUGGCGCCGCUCGUUCCGCACGCGCGCGUUGCCCGCCACUCCUUCGCCGCCUUUUCCCGACGAGUACGCGCACGCUGCGGUCGUGACGGCCCACGUGCCGGGCCCCAAGUCGCAGCAGCAACGACAGCGCCUCGCAGCGCUCCAGAACACGGCCGCAGUCGGGUUCUUCGCCGACUACGCGGCCAGCAGAGGCAAUUACUUGGUCGACAUUGACGGCAACCGCUUCCUCGACGUGUACGGACAGAUCGCGUCGCUCGCGCUUGGCUACAACCACCCAAAGCUCCUCGACGCGAUGCGCGACCGGACGAGUCUCGCGAUGCUCGUGCAGCGGCCGUGUCUCGGCGUGUUUCCCCCUGCCGACUGGGUCGACCGCCUGCACCGGACGCUGGGCGCCGUGGCGCCCACAGGACUGACGGACGUCCAGACGCUCAUGUGUGGCUCGUGCUCGAACGAAAACGCCUACAAGGCGGUGUUUAUCUGGUUCCAGACCAAGCGACGAGGAGGACGGGCUCCGUCCGAGCACGAGCUGGCCACGAGCAUGCUGCACCGGUUGCCCGGGACACCGCCUUUGAGCAUCUUGUCGUUCCAGGGCGGCUUCCACGGCCGCCUCUUGGGCUGUCUGUCGACGACGCAUUCCAAGGCCCUCCACAAGGUGGACGUGCCGGCGUUCGACUGGCCCGUUGCGCCGUUCCCCAAGCUGCGGUACCCCCUGGAGGUCCACCAAGCAGCUAACGAAGCAGAGGAAGCACGGUGCUUGGACGAGGUCGAGCGAUUGCUCCAGCACAGUGCGGGUGUGACCGAGCAUACGGACUCGCGCAUUGCUGGGAUGGUUGUCGAGCCCAUUCAAGCGGAAGGAGGAGACAAUCACGCCAGUCCUGCGUUCUUUCGGCAACUGCGGGACUUGGCGGCAGCGUACGAUGUGGCGUUUAUCGUGGACGAGGUGCAAACAGGAGGCGGCAGCACAGGCAAGUUUUGGGCGCAUGAGCACUGGGAGCUGACGAACCCGCCUGACUUUGUCACGUUCAGUAAGAAGAUGCAGACGGGUGGGUACUAUGCAAAGGAGGCGUUUCGCGUGAAGGAAGGCUACCGCAUCUUUAACACGUGGAUGGGCGAUCCCGCGAAGAUGAUUACUCUCGAGGCAGUGCUCAAGGUGGUGGCAGACGACAGCCUCUUGGAGAAUGUCAAGAUCACCGGCAACUAUUUGAAGACGGGACUGCAGGAUAUCGCGGACGAGUUUCCGGCUCUGGUGUCGAACGUGCGUGGCCAGGGCACAUACUUGGCGAUCGACUUUCCGACCGAAGCUGUGCGCAACGACUUUGUGAAUCUCAUGAAGAUGAAAGGUGUCGCUUCGGGCGGCUGCGGAGCUACGUCAGUUCGAUUCCGGCCCUCGUUGAUCUUCCAGCCAAAGCACGCAGCGGAAUACUUGGACAAGAUGCACGAGGUGUGCAAAGCUCUUGUCCACACGUAG